AUGGCUGACUGUGACAGUGAUAUCACAAUGUUCGGCUACACUAAGGAAAUCCCAGGUAAUGAAUACCUUGAAGACCCGUUCAAAGCAUUGAGGAGCCCACCCAACAAUCCAGGUGAGUACCCAAGUCAUGUGAGACCGAAGCUAAACUUCCUCAGCGUUUUCACUCAAGUCGCACCAUUCGCAGACGGUUUGCGCGAAGCCGGUGGUCUUGAUAGAUACGACUACACCCGACUCCGCAUGGUUUGCACGACCAUUGCCCAAGUGUUCAGACCAUAUCCCUAUGACCGUCUCGAACCAGAUACCAAAGAGCGCUAUUUCACAGGUUUGCAGGCAAUUGCGUGCGACGAUUGCGGCACCCCUUCGAGCAGCCUGGUUGUCAAGCCCUGCCAUGGCAUGGGUUCCCGAAGCGCAGGCCGUUUCUCUGGCUGUGACAAGCUCCUUUCCAAAACUUCCAUCGAACCCACAGAGUCCCAGCUGGGUCGCGAUGUCAAUGUAGUCACACAUCUUAUGAGGAUGUUCUUGAUCAACCAGAUUCCGAAUGGCAGUGUGCAAGGUGCAGAAAAACACUGCUAG